AUGGCAUGGUGCACCUUUGAACAGUCGAUUCCAUACUUCCUGCGCUCUGUUUUCCCCUUAAUCACCAUACCAAAGGCACAUCGGGCUCGAUCGAAGCUGCAGUUCAUUAUGGCAGAAUACUUCACUCCUGAGCAUGACCUGAACGACCCUAGCACGGCACAGCUUGUCAUGAACCGUGCUAACGCUCCGCCCAAGCACUAUUUCAUGCGCGAAUAA